CAGAAUACCUUCAGUUAACGUGACAUGCGAUCUCUCUUAUUGAUAGCGCUCUUUGCGCUAUGCAGCACAGUUGCUGCCCAAGGCUGGUCGAAUGCUCCCGACUGCGAUGCUGACCCUGAUCGUCAGUUCUACCCACAUGACGACUGCGUCAAGUAUUGGUGGUGCAUCAACGGCGAGGCGCAGCUGAUGCUGUGCAGCCCCUGGACGUACUUCAACCCCCAGACGUCCCGCUGCGACUUCCCCGAGAACGUCGACACCAGCAACUGCCGCGUGUGGACGUGCGAGGCGGACGGCAUAACUUACGCUGGCACGGAAUGCAACGAGUACUUCGAAUGUGAGCACGGAGAGCCUGUACAGAAGUUUUGUGCGGACGGGCUCUAUUACAACGCAGAUACCGGCUUUUGUGACUUCCCAGCCAAUGUCGACACGAGCACAUGCAACGGCCCAACCACCACCACAUCUACUACCACAACGACGCCAACUACCACGACAACACCAACAACUACGACCACGUCCACGACCACCACUCCAACGACCACUACCACCGCACGCACGACUACCACCAGUGGACCAACGUGGUCGAAACCUCCCGACUGCGACGCUGACCCUGGUCGUCUGUUCUACCCACAUGACGACUGCAUCAAGUACUGGUGGUGCAUCAACGGCGAGGCGAUUCUGAUGCUGUGCAGCCCCGGGACGUACUUCAACCCCCAGACGUCCCGCUGUGACUACCCUGAGAACGUCGACACCAGCAACUGCCGCGUGUGGACGUGCGAGGCGGACGGCAUAACUUACGCUGGCGCGGAUUGCAACGAGUACUAUAGAUGUGAGCAUGGACAGCCUGUACAGAAGUUUUGUACAGACGGACUCUAUUACAACGCAGACACCGGCAUGUGUGACUUCCCAGCCAAUGUCGACACGAGCACCUGCAACAGCCCAACCACUACCACAUCUACUACCACAACGACGCCAACUACCACGACAAUACCAACAACCACGACAACCUCUCCUACGACCACUACCACUUCGCCAACUACCACCGCACGCACGACUACCAUCAGUGGACCAACGUGGCCGAAACCUCCCGACUGCAACGCUGACCCUGGUCGUCAGUUCUACCCAAAUGACGAAUGCAACAAGUAUUGGUGGUGCAUCAACGGCGAGGCGCAGCUGAUGUUGUGCGCCCCCGGGACGUACUUCAACCCCCAGACGUCCCGCUGCGACUUCCCCGAGAACGUCGACACCAGCAACUGCCGCGUGUGGACGUGCGAGGCGGACGGCAUAACUUACGCUGGCGCGGAAUGCAACGAGUACUACGAAUGUGAGCACGGAGAGCCGGUACAGAAGUUUUGUGCGGACGGGCUCUAUUACAACGCAGACACCGGCUUUUGUGACUUCCCAUCCCAUGUCGACACGACCACAUGCAACGUCUCCGCCUUCUGGGACGAAAAAUACGACUAGGAUUGAAAAUUAUGCAAGUUAGAUGAAGACCCCCAGUAAAACCGAAAAAAACAUGAAAAAUAGUUAAUUUGCCAUACGGUUCAACGUAGCCUUCAAUAGUAGUUAUGUAGGUUAUAUUGGUUAAAUGAGAUAUAUUCAUCAUACGGAUGGCCAUAUAGAUGGAAUAAGUCACACGUAUGGAUUUAUAGAUAUUGAUCAUAUGGAUAGUCAUGGUCAUAUGAGCAAUGGUGUUCGUAUGGGUGAUCAUCGAAAGCACGAGGAACGCAUUCAAAUAUUAUACUCACAUUUAUUCAAGAA